CGAGAAUGUGGCGGGGGCGAUGGUUGCAUGGCGUCGUGGCCGCCGCGUGGCUCGUGAUGGCCGUGGCUGCGCAGAAGGACGCGACGACGUUUUACGUGAUCGGGCCGUCGGCAAACCAGACAGAAACCACACGAAGCCUCCACGCGCUAUUCGCACAUGAAGUGGCCGCGUUUACGUUGACGAUGGAGCCAUAUGCCUUGUCUGGACAGAACAACAAUACACAAUGGGUGAUUCCAACGAGCGAACUCACCACAACGUUGAAUGAAUCGGCGCCCAGAUACACCAGCUAUGAAGUGAUGUCGGACGAUACUGAUCCAGCCUCGCUGUUGGCCCAGGUUGUCGUGCUGGAUGAGUCCCAGCUCUUUCUAUCCAUAAGCAAUUGCACCAACGGGACUUCCUUGUGCGACUCGAUCGCGCCACGUCAAACCGAGCAGAUGAUCUGGCUGAACGAGACGUUGUCCAAGAACCAAGCCCCGUGGCUCUUUGUCGUGGGACAGUUUCCACUCUGUUACCGCGAUCGAAAAGGCCAUUACCAGAACUUGCACGCCAUUCUCGUGCCACUUUUCACCGCGUUCCAAGUCGACGCGUACUUUGGCAUGAACGACUUGGUGUCCCAAGUCGUCCGACUCCACGUGGACACCAGCAACGACUUCGUGUCGUACACGUACGGAGCGGCGUCAAUCAUGCCCUACAUGGACAUGCUGAGCUCGUGCGAAUCGUCCUUUCGAGUGCCCGCUGGAAACACAACGAUCACGAAGCAUGCAGUGUCGAGAAAUAGCAUGGAGGUCACGAUGUACGACAGUCAAGGCGGGGUGAUCUUCCGAACAGGUCAAACACGUCUGAGAAAGAAAUUUGAAGUCAAGGGCUCCGUCGGCCCCGCCGAGUACAUUCCAUGGCUUACGGGGGCGGCUGUGGUCCUGACGAUCGGUGUCGCCGUCCUGUACGGGCUGAAGUUCAAAGGGAAGCGCAUCGAUUAUCGAUACAACCCAUGCUUCAAACGCCAAGUCGCACGGGUAAAGGGAGAUGACGACGGCAGCUCCAUCGGGAGCCAUAGCAACAAUGAGUUACCGACAGAUGCCGAUGCAGAAGACGAGGACGAGUUCGAGAUGGAAUUCUCAAGCGACGAUGACGAGUCGGACGUCGUGUCGCGGGCGGGCGCGACGUUGUAAGAUCGUCAAUGCAACAUGAGAUGUACAAAUCCGGAUUUCGUAUCCGGAUAACCACGUUGUUCCCGCGUGAUUGAAAGGGUUGCCCGAUUGGGUAGCCAAUCGGAGACGAGGAUGGACAUUAUUUUCCAUGCGAUUAAAUUUCAAUACUUUAUCCAAG